CCGGCCGAUGGCGUCAGCGCGCCCGGCCCCGCCCCCAGGCUGCCUCCGCCGCGGCGACAGCGGCGCUGCGGGAGCUACCGCGGCCCUCCGGUGUCCCUCCGGUGUCCCUGCCCCGCGCCCCUGCACCGAGCGCCGCCCCGUGCCCAGCGCCGGCACACGCUGCUCGCCGCCCGGCAGCCGGCAGGCGCAUGUUCCCGGGCGGGGUCGGCGCGCCGGCGGUGAGCGCGGGCGAGCAUGGCCGCGCCCGGGUCGGAGAAGAGCAGCAAGAAGAAGACGGAGAAGAAGCUCGCCGCCCGCGAGGAGGCGAAGCUGCUCGCCUCGUUCAUGGGCGUCAUGAACGCCAUGCGCAAACAGAAAACUCUUUGUGAUGUCAUUCUUAUGGUUCAAGAAAGAAAGAUCCCAGCUCACCGUGUUGUGCUUGCUUCAGCCAGUCAUUUUUUUAACUUGAUGUUUACUACAAAUAUGAUUGAAUCAAAGUCCUUUGAAGUGGAGCUAAAAGAUGCAGAGCCUGACAUUAUUGAACAGCUUGUGGAGUUUGCUUAUACUGCAAGAAUCUCAGUUAACAGCAAUAAUGUCCAGUCUUUACUAGAUGCAGCAAACCAGUAUCAAAUUGAACCUGUGAAAAAAAUGUGUGUGGACUUUUUAAAAGAACAAGUUGAUGCUUCCAAUUGUCUUGGCAUAAGUGUGCUUGCAGAAUGCCUAGACUGCCCGGAACUGAAAGCCACUGCAGAUGACUUCAUCCAUCAGCAUUUCACUGAGGUUUACAAGACAGAUGAGUUCCUUCAGCUUGAUGUUAAGCGUGUGACACAUCUCCUGAAUCAAGAUACAUUGACAGUGAGGGCAGAAGACCAGGUUUAUGAUGCAGCAGUCAGAUGGCUGAAGUAUGAUGAGCCAAAUCGCCAGCCCUACAUGGUUGAUAUUCUUGCUAAAGUCCGGUUUCCUCUAAUAUCAAAGAACUUCUUAAGUAAAACAGUUCAGGCCGAACCACUUAUUCAGGAUAACCCAGAAUGCCUUAAAAUGGUGAUCAGUGGGAUGCGAUACCACCUCCUUUCCCCAGAGGACCGAGAAGAGUUGGUGGAAGGCACCCGACCGAGAAGGAAAAAACACGAUUAUCGCAUUGCUUUGUUUGGAGGCUCUCAGCCCCAGUCCUGCAGAUAUUUUAAUCCCAAGCUAUGCAGACUAAAGGGUCUAAAAACUUCAACUGCAUGCAGAAGGAUUACCCAUGCCCUGUUUUACCAGGAUUACAGCUGGACAGACAUCCGAUGUCCCUUUGAAAAGCGCAGGGAUGCAGCUUGUGUCUUCUGGGACAACGUAGUUUAUAUUUUGGGUGGUUCCCAGCUCUUCCCUAUAAAGCGAAUGGACUGCUACAAUGUGGUGAAGGAUAGCUGGUAUUCCAAGCUAGGACCUCCAACACCUCGAGAUAGCCUUGCAGCCUGUGCUGCUGAGGGCAAAAUUUAUACAUCUGGUGGUUCAGAAGUGGGCAAUUCUGCACUGUAUUUAUUUGAAUGCUAUGACACGAGAACAGAGAGCUGGCACACAAAGCCCAGCAUGCUGACUCAGCGAUGCAGCCAUGGAAUGGUGGAGGCCAACGGGCUCAUUUACGUAUGCGGAGGGAGCCUGGGAAACAAUGUUUCCGGGAGAGUCCUGAAUUCCUGUGAAGUUUAUGAUCCAGCCACAGAAACGUGGACUGAACUGUGUCCAAUGAUUGAAGCCAGAAAGAAUCAUGGGCUGGUGUUCGUAAAGGACAAAAUAUUUGCUGUGGGUGGACAAAAUAGUUUAGGUGGCCUUGAUAAUGUAGAAUAUUACGAUAUCAAGAUGAAUGAAUGGAAGAUGGUGUCUCCAAUGCCAUGGAAAGGUGUAACAGUGAAGUGUGCUGCGGUGGGACCCAUAGUCUAUGUCCUGGCUGGUUUUCAGGGCGUUGGUCGCUUAGGGCACAUUCUUGAAUAUAACACUGAAACAGACAAGUGGAUAGCCAACUCCAAAGUCCGUGCUUUCCCAGUGACGAGUUGUUUAAUCUGUGUUGUAGACACUUGUGGGGCAAAUGAAGAAACUCUAGAGAUCUGAAGACUGUAUGAGAUGCCGAGGCAUUCUUCAAAGACUUGGGAAAAGAUGGUUAUUGGUGCUUUGUUUCCAUGUUUUACUGAAUCAUGUUAAAUUUAGUAACAGGAAAAAAGUGAGAUGCAGUCUUUCAAUUUGUAUAUACAGCAUAUUGUAUAAUGUGGAUUUUGUCAUGCCCAUUUUCUUGUCCAUUUUAAAGAGAUGGGGAUGUGUUUUGAGAAUCCACUUACCUAGGUGAUAUCACAUGGCAUCUUCCUUUAAAAGGACUGUGGGUGUGGCAUUGUCAAACACAGACCAAAUCCAAAUACUUGGAAUGCCUCCAAAGCAUUUGAUGAAGAAAAAAUUUCUGGUUAAAUGACAUUUUACCAAGAUCAGUUGCAGAGACACUUCCUUUAAUGAAGGUGAGUAAAUACAGCUUGGCUCAUGAGAAAGAGGAAGAACAGUUUUUUCUCCUUCAUACCUACCUGCAGAAAUCUUACUGGAAUGAAAUGAAGAUAUUUUCUCAGGAAAGACCAAGGACUGCUGUGUAAUAAAGAUUACCCAUGUUUCAACAGCUCUCUAGAUCAUGACAGCUGCCCUCUUCCAGUGAGUUUCUUCAAUCAUUUGCAUGACUGCUUAUCAAUUUUUUAAGGUUAGAGAGGCCACACAUAGAAAUUAGAGAAACACUUUGAUGGUCUCUUUGGCAUUUUAUGGAACUUUGACAGAAAGUCUUUUUGAUUUUUUUUUUCUUUUUUUUUCUUUUUUUUUUUUUAUUACACUGAGGUAGGGAAUGGUGGGGCAAGUCGACGAGAAUUGUGCACUAUAACUAGCAAGUUGGAAACUUGGAAAGAAUUUUCAGUCUAUUUUCCUAGGCAUCAGACUGUACAUACUGUAGAUGCCAAACCAUUAGCAAACAUGGGAACAGGAAUGAGAAAAGCAAAGUCAAUACAAGAGAUAUAUCGAUUUUCUUCUUGGAAAUGACUGUUUUUAAAAUGGCAUGAACCAAGUCAUUAAAGAUACUUUACAGAAGUCUUCAGAAGUUGCGCAUGGUUAUUCAUCUCUGGUUUAGAAGCACAGAGUUCUGUAAAUGCAUCCAGCCCACAUGAUGGUAAAUUUCUUCACGCAGCCUUGAAGUCCAGCCUCUCAAGCUCUGGGUGUCAUCGACAUCGUGUGCCUCUUCCCAGUUCUGGAAAACUACAAAUACCUGUCCUGCUCCCAUGGUAGUUUAUUCGUAGCUGCAUCGUAGUUUCAUCACCUCUUCUAA